UGCUUGAAUAAGGGUGAUAGAGAACUGUAAAGAUGUGCUCCUCUCACUGCCUCUGUUUGGUCUCUGCAGACACACACCGGUGCUGGCUGUUCAUUAUGAAUGCUGUUCAUAAUCGAUGAUAAUUCAUCGUGCACGGCUCGUUUAUUUCGUGCAUUUUUUUAUUUUUACAUUUUAUGAUGCUUCGGGGCGUGCAUUUGAAUCGCUGCAUGGUCGCGGGCGCAGUGCAGUUCCGAUUAUUUUUAUUGUUAUGUUGUUGUUGUUUACAUCUCUCUUUAAGAUGCGCUGCACAUGGCGAGGACAUACAUACGGAUAAACGUUGGCAUAGAGACUCAUCUCGCAUCCAUGACAACCCGGAGCACUUUAUCACUUAUCCAAAGUGGAUCAGCCCAGCCAGAUACAAAAGAUCUCAUGAGGGCUCUAAGCAUCCAUCUGAGGCAGAGGUCAAAAUUACUGCGGGAGAAGAUCUGAUUCUACAGCUCCAGAGAAAUGAGGAGCUGUUCUCCUCUGAAUAUCAGGAAAUAUGGUACAAUCCGAAUGGAGACCGUCAGUUAUCCAGGCCUUCCAACAGGGAUCACUGUUAUUAUCAUGGGUCAGUCAAAGGGAUCCAGGGGUCAAGUUUGGUCAUCAGCACCUGUGCUGGACUCAGGGGCAUGAUAACAGUCAAUAACAGCGUGAGCUACAUGAUCGAACCGCUAGCUAACCAAACACACUCUCAGGGACAUGCCGUUUUCAACGCUCAGAGUCUGAAACUGCCAGUGGGCACCUGCGGACACUACCAUGGAGACGGGAGUCACUUGGAAAGCCUUCAAGAGCUGAUUGAUGUCAUGGCAAAGCCUCAGCAGACCAAUAGGGGAAGAAGGGAUGUCAGCAGCAGCAUGAAAUACGUGGAGCUGAUGGUGGUGGCCGACCAUGCAGAGUUCGUGAAGCACGGUCGGGACCUUGAAAGGACCAAAACAAAGCUGCUUGAAGCAGCUAACUUUGUGGAUAAGUAUUACAAAUCACUGAACAUCCGUGUGGCUCUGAUCCGGUUGGAGAUCUGGAACGAUCAAGACAAGAUCACUGUGACCGACAACCCCUACAGCACCCUGGGUGCGUUUCUGACCUGGAGGAGGAAACAGCUGCCACAGCUGCCCAAUGACAACGCUCAGCUAGUAACGGGUGUUUCUUUUCAAGGCACCAUCAUUGGUCUGGCUCCCCUUAAAGCCAUGUGUUCUGAAUACCAGUCUGGUGGAGUCAAUUCGGACCACUCUGACAGUGCUGUGGGGGUCGCUGCCACCAUGGCUCAUGAGAUGGGGCAUAACUUUGGGAUGAGCCACGAUAGUCCAGGCUGCUGUCUCGCUCAGCCCGAGGAUGGAGGCUGCAUUAUGGCUGCUGCCACAGGGGAUCCGUUCCCUCGCGUCUUCAACCCCUGCAAUCAGAAAGAGCUGAAGCGCUACCUGAGCUCCGGCGGGGGGAAGUGCUUGUUCAACCCUCCCAACACCAGGGUCAUGUACGGGGGCCAGCGCUGUGGAAACGGAUACCUGGAGGAAGGAGAAGAGUGUGAUUGUGGGGAAGUGGAGGAGUGCUCAAGUCCCUGUUGUAAUGCCAACAACUGCACGCUGAAGAUUGGAGCGGAGUGCGCACAUGGAGUUUGCUGUCAUGAGUGCAAGCUGAAGAGUCCAGGAGCGAUGUGCCGUCCACCUUCAGGCUCCUGUGACCUGCCUGAGUACUGUGAUGGGAAAUCAGAGUCCUGUCCUGCUAACUUUUACCUGGUGGAUGGCAGCAGUUGUGCGGGUGGCAGUGCCUACUGUUACACAGGAAUUUGCCCGACACUGGAGCAGCAGUGCCUCUCUCUCUGGGGCAAAGAUGCCCUUCCUGCUCCUGAUCUUUGCUUUACUGAGGUAAAUAAAGCAGGUGAUCCCUAUGGAAACUGUGGCAGUUUCAUGGGUACAUACAGGAAAUGCACUGAAAGGAAUGCUAAAUGUGGGAAGAUUCAGUGUCUGAGCGCUGCCAGCAAGCCUUUAGAAUCACACGCCGUCGCCAUAGACACCAACAUUCGGAAUGGUCAACAGAAGAUCCUGUGCAGAGGGACACAUGUGUACCAGCGCGGUCAGGGUAAUGAGGAGCAGAGUGACACCUUAGACCCAGGCCUGGUUCAGACUGGGACCAAAUGUGGGAAGAAUGCGAUCUGUUUUGAAGGGGAAUGCCGCAAUGCGUCCUUCCUGCAAGCCAAUGAAUGCAGUGCCAAAUGUCAUGGCCACGGCCUUUGUAAUAAUAACCACAACUGUCAUUGUAACUCGGGUUGGGCACCACCGUUUUGUGAGACGUCGGGUUCAGGAGGAAGUUUGGACAGUGGGCCUGUGAUCACACACAGCAACCUUUAUCUUGUUCUGGCUCUCCUGAUUCUGUUUUUCCUUCUGGGAUUGGCUGUCCUCGGUGUCUGUUGGUGCCGCUGCAGACAGAAGCUCCUUUCCACCAAAAGCCCCACCCUUCCUGCUACCCAAAUAUGCAUCAAUGUUCCAGACACCCCUGAGACUAAAAGUCACACCACGGGUCACGCCAACCCAGUGUUCCUGCCAAAGAAAUCUCAUGCUGAUGAACAGGCCAGUCCUCGAGCGAGUCCUACAGGUCCACCCAGAUCCAGACAUUCUGUCAUUCGACCCACUGUGAAACCACCUCCAAUCCCAGCCUACGCUGCACACAAGCAGAGUUUACAGCAUUCAGAGUCGCCCCAGCCAUCUCCAUCAGCACCCCCCAAAACAAGACCGCUACCACCCAACAGACCCCCUCCACCCUGUCCCAUAACCAAACCCUCCCAGCCUGCUGAGAUGCUGCCUAAGAAUGGCGUGCCAGUGUCACCAGCCAUGUUGCAGAAAGGGAAAUCCAAUCUGAUGCCCCCUUCUGGGCCUUUUCAAAAUGUCAGGUUCCAAAGGGAAGUUUCUGGAAAGAGCUUAGUCGCAGUGAAGCCUAUUGGAGCGCUGUAUUGAUCAACUCUGCACCUUUAAGAUGUCCUUAAGAGUGACCAAUCAAACUGCCUCACUCAUAGUGAUGCCCGCCUUAUUGACUUGAACACAGAAUGAAGGAUACCUUCCAACUUUUUUCAGGGGGUGCAGUUCCACUACUCCUGUGCCAUAUGUUGCAUUUGCUUUUUUAUGUCUAUUUAUUACAGAGACCUCAGAGAAAAGAAAAACAAAAAACUAGGAAGUAUGGCAUUAUAAUCCAAUAAGAGCAUGGGUCAUCUGAAAGAAUAUCUUGCACCGAGAAUAUGAAAUGUACAUUUUUGCACGCAGUAGUAAAACAUUGUAAGUAAGUGCAUUAUAUACAUAGAAUGAACUGGAAAAUUGGAGCAGAUUUGUCUAGUCUUGAACUAACUUGCACUGUCAGUCCAAUUUAGUUUAGUACUAUAGAUAAUCUGUACUCAGGAAAUAGCUCUGGAAAGGGAUAUAUAAAAAAAGAUAAAAGAUUGUUUUCAUAGCAAUAAUAAUUCAAAUACUCAUAUGAAUUGUAUAGCACUGGGUUAAAUUCUGUGUAGUCAUAUAAUAUGUAUAGUAUGUACUGUAUAAGAAGUUAAAAAAAAUAGCCUGUCUUGAAUGGUGUUUGCGAUGAUGCUGGACAAGAAAGGGUUAAAAUCUCAUAUGGUGCUUUGCUUUUGAAAUCUUAAAUGAGAGAAACAAAUAUUCUCUAACUACCUUUUUAGAUAACGCUCGACUAAAUGUUCUGUUUAAUACGGGCAUUAACCCAGGGAAUGUAUUUAGGUUUAAAUAACCUAUAAACAUCUAAAUAUGCAUCUUAAGUUUUUUUUUCCUUUGGUUGUCAGUUAUUUGGGGGGAAAAAAUCUCUGGACAAUUCAUUAUAAUUUCUCCUUUCAUAAUGUUUUAUGACCUACUAUGACCAAUGUACUGGUUUUCUGUCAGAUUUUUCAUGUUGUAGUUAAACUUAUUUAUUCAUACUGUUAAAUUUUAAAAUGCAAUGAUGCCUUAAAUUUGGGUUUACAUGAAUGUUAUUUUAUUGAUAAUAAUGUUUAUCAUGGAAGUGUGUAUGUAUUGUGAAUGUAAAGGUGGCUUGAUAUUGCACACUGCAUAGGAAGUCAGAAAAAGUCACUGUCAUUUUUUAUUUGGCUUAAUUUUAGUUUCUUUAUUAAAAAUAAAAAUGUUGUCCUAUGCAAAAUGCUGUAAUGCAGUGCCUUC